UCUUAGCACAUCGGGCGCUGCUCUGAAAGUGAGGCAGACAGGUUGCUGGGCUGGUGGUGGUUAUUCAUCUCCUCUUGUUUCAUAUGUAUGGAUGUAUGCUGUCCAAGUAUAUGCACCGCUCCAGGGUGCAGGGGGGGCUGGCAAAUGCACGCUUAGAGUGUGUGUAUAUGUAAAGUAGAAACUGCACCUGGAUAACAAGAUGAACUACUGUACGCCAGAGGUACACGAAGUGUGCCCAGCUGCCGGCAGCAACUGCUACAUGCAGGUCACUGACUACCUCACGUAUCUGGAAGACAGUCCGGCUCUCAGUGGCCGUGAUGUCCAUGCUGUGCCCAGUAGCAGCAUAUAUAUGGAGCAAGCCUGGGCAGUGAGUCAGCCUUAUACCUGUAGUCACCCUGGAAACCUGUUUAAAAGCAAGGACUCUGACUUGGACAUGGCCCUCAGUCAGUACAGCCAGCCUGCACAUCUCCCUGAAGAAAAGCCUUUUCCUCAGGUGCAGUCGCCACCGCACUCACAAAAAAAAGGGUAUAUCCCCAGCUAUUUAGACAAGGAUGAGCUCUGUGUAGUGUGUGGGGACAAAGCCACAGGGUACCACUACCGCUGCAUCACCUGUGAAGGCUGCAAGGGCUUCUUUAGAAGAACCAUUCAGAAAAGUCUCCAUCCGUCUUACUCCUGUAAAUAUGAAGGAAAGUGCAUCAUAGACAAAGUCACCCGCAACCAGUGCCAGGAAUGCCGCUUUAAGAAAUGCAUCUAUGUUGGCAUGGCAACAGACUUGGUGCUGGACGACAGCAAGAGGCUAGCCAAGCGGAAGCUGAUAGAGGAGAACCGGGAGAAGAGGCGGCGGGAAGAGCUACAGAAAUCAAUUGGGCACAAGCCAGAGCCCACGGAUGAGGAAUGGGAACUCAUCAAGACAGUCACCGAGGCCCAUGUGGCCACCAAUGCCCAGGGCAGCCACUGGAAGCAGAAGCGGAAAUUUCUGCCAGAAGACAUUGGACAAGCACCCAUUGUGAACGCCCCAGAAGGUGGCAAAGUUGACCUGGAAGCCUUCAGCCAUUUUACAAAAAUCAUCACACCAGCAAUCACCAGAGUGGUGGAUUUUGCCAAAAAGUUGCCCAUGUUUUGUGAGCUGCCCUGUGAAGACCAGAUCAUCCUCCUCAAAGGCUGCUGCAUGGAGAUCAUGUCCCUCCGAGCUGCUGUGCGCUAUGACCCAGACAGCGAGACUCUAACCUUGAAUGGGGAAAUGGCAGUGACACGAGGCCAGCUGAAAAAUGGGGGUCUUGGGGUGGUGUCAGAUGCCAUCUUUGACCUGGGCAUGUCUCUGUCAUCUUUCAACUUGGAUGACACGGAAGUUGCCCUGCUUCAGGCCGUCCUGCUGAUGUCUUCAGAUCGCCCAGGGCUAGCCUGUGUUGAGAGAAUUGAGAAAUACCAAGACAGUUUCUUGUUGGCCUUUGAACACUAUAUCAAUUACCGGAAGCACCAUGUGACACACUUUUGGCCCAAACUCCUGAUGAAGGUGACAGACCUGCGGAUGAUUGGAGCCUGCCACGCCAGCCGCUUCCUCCACAUGAAGGUGGAGUGCCCCACUGAGCUCUUCCCGCCUCUGUUCUUGGAAGUAUUCGAGGACUAAAUGGACUGGACAGGUUCUUGUCAUUCCUGCCCCACGACUGGUGUCAUUGCAUUCCACCUGUAGCUUUCUGUUGUUGUUUCUUCGUUUCUUUGUACCGAGUGAGAUCAUCAGAGGGUCAGCGGGUCAUCAAUGGCAUAGACUUGGAUGAAAUGGUCCUUUGAGUGUGGGUCUUUGUAACCAUUGCGUUUUGUUCUUCGGUCCUUAGUGUGAAUGCUUUGAAGGGUUUACAGCAAUGCAGGCUGAGUGGGGGACAAUCAUUAUUUCACCAGCACCAAGUCAUCACCAGCUCCCAUCUGUCCCUGGGCAGACACAAGCAAGCCAAAUGGCAUUACAGAAGACUAAAGAAGCCUUAAAACUGCGACCACAGUCAUCUUGAUCCAACUCGAUCCAGUUCUGAUGUUUGCAAGGUGAAGCUGUCAGAGCUCAGGCAGCCUCAGGUUGAGCGUGGCUUUCGGCACGAAAGGGGGGAAGGAGAAGUUUCUACUCAGGAGCUCACGGUUUCCAGCACCUUUACUCUCCAAGCAGCCUGACUUGGAAUGUGCAGGAAUAUCCACACCAUAAGGAAUCAACUUUCCUUUCUAUGGCCUUUUGUGACCUUGUGAUUUACUUCAAGUUGCACAAGAGUAUGACUUGAAGACAUGCAGGUACUUGACUGAUUUGAGGCCACAAGGAAAGUCUUUUUUUUUUUUUUUUUUCAAUAUGCCCAUAGAGCUUGGAAAUCCUCAUCAAUGUUACAGCAUAGUUUCCAAACCGCACAUGGUGUUACCUCAAGCAGGAAGGCACCUUUAACAGCUUAGAUAGAUUCACAAGCCAUUCCCACAAAGCUCAAACCUGUUUACAGAGUGCUGUCCCUUUUUGAUGGCCUAGGAACCAGGCCUCCCCCUGGCUUGGCUCACAGAGGUCUUAUCCAGGCUGUGUCUGUUGAGCUAAUGAUGUUUCCCUGUAGGUUGAAUCUUCCAAUCGGAGAGAGACAAGUUGAAAUUCCAGUCUUGUUUGGAAAAAUCCCUGGAAAAGAUCAGUGCAGGAACAAUCAGAUUCCAAGAAAAAGAACUACUCAUGGCGUAGGCUAUCUGAUCAGAGAGAAUGCUCCCCCUGGAUCAACAAGACUUUACUUAUUCACAAAUGUCUCCCAGUCCCAUCCCAUCCCUGUCUCCCAGCUCCAUCCAUGUGGUCCCCUACCUCCCCAGAUUCUGAGAUUCUGAGGCACUAGAUAGCUUCUCUCUCUCUCUCUCUCUCUCUCUCUCUCUCUCUCUCUCUCUCUCUCUUCCCACCCCCCGCUAGCCCUUCAGUAGCUUACACACCAUUAUCCUGGCAAAUAUUCCUCGUAAAACACAGCAGACCAUGCACAGGAAACACCAUUAACUGCUGCCCGGCCUAUCCCCAGUGACCGUGCAGAGUAGAUGUUUCUAAGCAACAAGUAGUGACAACUUACCCAAAAAUGGGCAAAGACUGUACCCAUGCAACUGAAUGUACCGACUCUUCACUGACGUCGCAGAUGUGAACUAUUCCUUGCCUGCCUUUCACUGCCUUAGCCUGGAAAUGCUGGGAAAAACAAGCCAUAUUAGCGAGAAUUACCUAAAAGCAAAGGAAGUCACUGUGAAAAGCAAGGAAACUCACUUCCUUCUACUGGGCUUGGUGGAGCAUCUUUGGCCUCACUGGAAGUCAGGGUGCCUGAGUUCUAGUUUGUGCUCUGCGGCCUGGGUGAUUUAGGACCUUACAGUUUCAGUUUUCUUACCUCCUGGUAAAAGAAUUGAUCUCCAAAAACCCCUCUUAUCUUCCCGGUUGUUUGACUUUCCAGGAAAGGGAGGGGGUGUCUUUGAUAGAUUCCUUUUAUAUUCAAAUUUGUAGCUUCAAAAAGGAAUGUAUUUGGGUGCUCAAUUUGAGUGAGAAUGAGAAUUUGAUUCAGAGGAAGGCAGAAUGGCCUCAGAAGCACAGAGGCACAGCACUGAAAGUCCCGAGAGACUGUGGACAUCACCGAGGAAGCUGGGAUGGUUUGUGCACUAAAGGAUUUAGCCUGACUUCCCAGAUAAAACAUCACUGUGGACUUGGUGUAGAGAUUAGAAACAAGCAAGAAGCCCCGUAGACUCGUGUUCAAACAUCUGUCAGAGGUUUGCUUUCCCAGGCAACCAGUACCCAGCCUCUUCCCUCGGGAACUUCAGUAAACAUUUGUUCCCUAUGUUGGCUCUCCUGGAACACCUCUGUGCAGACCAUAAAAACAAACUUGCUGUGAGACCAAUUCUCCUUCCAGAGAGAGAGAAAAAGGGGAGGCAGGCAGGUGAGGCCUGCACAGGCACACAAACUUCUGGGGCACCAGAGUUUCUCAGGAAGUUUCCUGAUACUGACGGUUUUCAAAGAGCAUCAGAAACCCUGGCAUUAGUGCAAAAUUUAAGCCAGGGUCAUUCAGAGUGCUGUAAGGAUUAAGCCCUGGGCAUUAGCCCAGCCCUCACUAUCCACCCAGCCACAGCACGGGAGGCUCACCUUUCAGGGACAGACAAGGCUCUAGCGAGCAUGUUGAGGGCUGAGAACUGAACAAGACAUGCAAGCUUCAGUCUUCUGGUGGGAAGAAUCCAGAAUGGUAGGAGGUCCGGAUAGCCAAAGGCACGCCUUUGAGAAACUCAAUUUGUGAAACUAGAUUGUGAGGGAUUUGCUCCCCAAAUUUUUUUCUUUCCUUUUAAAGAAUCAUUCUCUUCUAAUCUUGUCCAGACUUUCAAAUCAAGUGUGGAUGUGGUGGCAAGAACCUGCUCCACUGUGGGGAGACAUUCCAGUCAAGGAGAGCGUGCUCAUCCUGCUGGGGAAGGCUGUGCACAUGCAACAGACAUGUGCGUGUGUACACAUGUUCGUACAUCUGUUCGUUGCCUCAAGUGUACUUUGCACUACAGUUUAAAUGUGCAGAACUUCCAGAAACUGGAAGAAAAAAAAAAAACUUCUCAAUGAUUCUGCUGAAAACACCAUGUGCCGCCUCUGAGCUUUUUCUAGUCCCUUGAGCCUCAGUCCUCCGUGAUGUGCUUAUGAGAUGAAGCCUCAGCCCAGCGCAUCCCCUGCCUGUGGCCCCGGCCACCUCUGUCCCAGUGCGGUCUUGGGGAGGGCCAGGUUGGCUCUGCUCUGCAGCGUUCUUCUCACAGUGACCUGCAGGCUGGCGCUGCCUUGGCCUCCUCACACUCAGCUCUCCCCAAGCCAGCCUCAUGACCUGCUGAGCCUCUUCAGAGUACUUCAUUGUCACUAAGACCUCCUCAUUCUGUGGAACUCAAACCUAUCCAUGUCAUAUUGACCUUUUGCUGCAUGAGUCAUGAAUUAUGAAAUCAGUCUUACGGUUUUGGAGAUGUAGCCAGCGUUUUGUAAGGCUAAACCUUUUUCAUGAACUUAAUUUAAGUGAAUAACCAAACUACCAGUCCUCCUCCAAUGAGAGAUGACAGACAAUUGAAUCUCUGCCCUUUGCAGUGGCGAUGGCAUCAGGUCCUAAAAUAAGCUCAUAAUUUUCCUGUUAUUUUAAUAAUAUGGAAAUAUUAGCAUAGUGUUUCUUUUGAUAGUGAUAGACUGAUCCAUAUUUAAAUUUUAUAGAGAAGAAAUUUUAUUGUACUGUGAUGUAGAUAUUUAUUAUCCAGGUAAGGAUUUGCCCGGUGUGUAUUUUUUACAAUUGAAACAUUUUACUUUAAUCUUUAAAAGAAAAAAAGACUAUAAAAAUAUAUACAUAUUAAAAAAAAAAAAAAGGCUAGGGAGAAAAAAGGUUUGGCCUUAUCACAGAAUUUUUACUGUGUUGUAUAAAUGUUUGCAAAUGAAAAAAAAAAUUACACGUUUUUAGUGUGUUUCCACAUUAAUUAGUGCCGCCUUCAGGAGCAGUAUUGUGCAGUAAACACUGUUUGUGGCUUUCUCUUGCACAGCUCAAACUGACCCCACCUUAUGCACAAGACAAUCAGACGUGAGUCUUUCCUCUGAGGAAACAGACAAUACUCAACAGAGCACAAUGUGAAGCAAAGAACGAGAUUGUAGGCAUGCGCUGCGCUGCGCUGCGCUGCUCACGGAGAUGAUCAGGGCGCAUGCGCACUCACGUGGCCUUGUGCCACUGCCUCCCUUUGGCUGUUCUUUGUGACGUUGGCAUCUUUCGCUUAACAUCAAAUAGCCAAAGUAGUUCUCCAUGUUUUCUUCAGAAAAGACCAUUCUUUUUCCCAUAAUGUUUUCAUGCCCUGAAAAAUCAGAAAACAAAAACAAAAAAAGGUAUGGAUGGAAUAGAGAUGUUAACAGUCAGUGGAAGAUUUGUGUUUUGCAAACAGUGUUAAGUGAUAUUGCUAUUGCUAGAUUGGUAAUAUUUUUUUUCAGCCUAAAAUUGUUGAAAUCUGUGAUCAAAUGUUUUAAACUAUCCAAAAAGAAAAUUUGUAUAUUUGGGAAAAUGGAUUUUUACAUAGCUUUUGUAUGCAGAUAAUAAAUUGUAAUUAUGAAUAUAGUGGGCAUAGGUACUCAUAAGCUUAAAUUCUAAAAAAGAAAAAGCUUACAAUGGACACA